AUGGGCGGGGCGUUGUGGGACGCUGAUGCUGCUGAUGAUGGGGCUUGCAUCUCUGCCAAGCCUUCUCCUGCCAAGCCUUCUCCUGCCAAGCCUUCUCCUGCCAAGCCUUCUCUUGCCAAGCCUUCUCCUGCCAAGCCUUCUCCUGCCAAGCCUUCUCCUGCCAAGCAUUCUCCUGCCAAGCCUCCUCCUGCCAAGCCUUCUCCUGCCAAGCCUUCUCCUGCAAAGCCUUCUCCUGCCAAGCCUUCUCCUGCCAAGCCUUCUCCUGCCAAGCCUUCUCCUGCCAAGCCUUCUCCUGCCAAGCCUUCUCCUGCCAAGCCUUCUCCUGCCAAGCCUUCUCCUGCCAAGCCUUCUCCUGCCAAGCCUUCUCCUGCCAAGCCUUCUCCUGCCAAGCCUUCUCCUGCCAAGCCUUCUCCUGCCAAGCCUUCUCCUGCCAAGCCUUCUCCUGGCACUGCUGAUGCCAGAGGCUCGGCCUCUUGA